CCGGCCUCCUCGCUCCUGCCCAAGUUCGGGGCCUUGGCGGGGCUUCUUCCUGGGGCUGAGAAGUUUUUGGGCUCCCCGCGGUCCAGCCUCCAUCUCUUCGCUCCCCUCGGCCCCCUCCCGCGCCUGCUGUCUCCUCCCAGCCGCCGCCUCCGCUCCACGCCCUCGCUGCCCCCUCCUGCAUUCUCCCGGGACUCCCGGCUUUCUACCCCCUCGGGCGCCGGGCCCUUAGCCCCCAGCCCAGGCGCGCCCCUCGGGGUCCUGCGGCCCCGGAUGCCCGGGCCCCGAGGGGCUGCUGGCGGCCUGGCCCCUGCGAUGCGCUGGGUGGGGGCGGCGGGGCUGCUGGCGCUGCUUCUGCUGCUGCUGGGCCCGGGCGGAGGGGCCGAGGGGGGACCGGCCGGAGAGCGGGGCGCCGGCGGGGGCGGGGCGCUGGCCCGCGAGCGCUUCAAGGUGGUCUUUGCGCCAGUGAUCUGCAAGCGGACCUGCCUUAAGGGCCAGUGUCGGGACAGUUGUCAGCAGGGCUCCAACAUGACGCUCAUCGGAGAGAACGGCCACAGCACCGACACUCUCACGGGCUCCGGCUUCCGCGUGGUGGUGUGCCCUCUGCCCUGCAUGAACGGUGGCCAGUGCUCCUCAAGAAACCAGUGCCUGUGUCCUCCAGACUUCACGGGGCGCUUCUGCCAGGUGCCAGCCGGAGGAGCUGGUGGGGGCACUGGUAGCUCAGGACCUGGGCUCGUCCGGGCUGGAGCCCUGUCCACAGGUGCACUGCCACCCCUGACUCCAGAGGGUGACUCUGUGGCUAGCAAGCAUGCCAUCUACGCUGUCCAGGUGAUCGCUGACCCUCCUGGGCCUGGGGAGGGUCCCCCUGCCCAGCAUGCAGCCUUUCUGGUGCCCCUGGGGCCAGGACAGAUCUCAGCAGAAGUGCAGGCCCCACCCCCGGUGGUGAAUGUGCGUGUCCACCACCCGCCUGAGGCCUCUGUCCAGGUCCACCGCAUCGAGAGUCCGAAUGCUGAGGGCCCAGCCCCCUCGCAGCACCUGCUGCCACACCCCAAACCCCCACACCCUCGGCCACCCACCCAGAAGCCUCUGGGUCGCUGCUUCCAGGACACGCUGCCUAAGCAACCCUGUGGCAGCAACCCUCUCCCAGGCCUCACGAAGCAGGAAGACUGCUGUGGGAGCAUCGGCACUGCCUGGGGUCAGAGCAAGUGUCACAAGUGCCCUCAGCUGCAGUACACAGGGGUACAGAAGCCAGGGCCUGUACGUGGGGAGGUGGGCACUGACUGCCCCCAGGGAUACAAGAGGCUCAACAGCACCCACUGCCAGGACAUCAACGAGUGUGUGAUGCCAGGCAUGUGUCGCCAUGGUGACUGCCUCAACAACCCUGGUUCCUAUCGCUGUGUCUGUCCACCUGGCCAUAGCUUGGGCCCCUCUCGCACACAGUGCAUUGCGGACAAGCCAGAGGAGAAGAGCCUGUGUUUCCGCCUAGUGAGUCCUGAGCACCAAUGCCAGCACCCACUGACCACGCGCCUCACCCGCCAGCUCUGCUGCUGCAGUGUGGGCAAGGCCUGGGGUGCUCGCUGUCAGCGCUGCCCCGCAGAUGGCACCGCUGCCUUCAAGGAGAUCUGCCCAGCUGGGAAAGGGUACCACAUCCUUACCUCCCACCAGACACUCACCAUUCAGGGUGAAAGCGACUUUUCCCUUUUCCUGCACCCUGACGGUCCACCCAAACCCCAGCAGCAUCCUGAGAGCCCCAGCCAGGCGCCACCAUCUGAGGAUGCAGAAGAGGAGAGAGGGGUGACCACGGACUCACCAGUGAGUGAGGAGCGGUCAGUGCAGCAGAGCCACCCAACUGCCACCACAUAUCCUGCUCGGCCCUACCCUGAACUGAUCUCCCGCCCCUCGCCACCCACAAUGCGUUGGUUCCUGCCGGACUUGCCCCCUUCCCGCAGCGCUGUGGAGAUUGCUCCCACUCAGGUCACAGAGACAGACGAGUGCCGACUGAACCAGAAUAUCUGUGGCCACGGAGAGUGUGUCCCUGGCCCGCCAGACUACUCCUGCCAUUGCAACCCCGGCUACCGGUCGCACCCGCAGCACCGCUAUUGUGUGGACGUGAACGAGUGUGAGGCUGAGCCGUGCGGCCCUGGGAGGGGCAUCUGCAUGAACACUGGGGGCUCCUACAACUGCCACUGCAACCGCGGCUACCGCCUGCACGUGGGCGCCGGGGGGCGCUCGUGCGUGGACCUGAAUGAGUGUGCCAAGCCUCACCUGUGUGGCGAGGGCGGCUUUUGCAUCAACUUUCCGGGUCACUACAAGUGCAACUGCUACCCCGGCUACCGGCUCAAAGCCUCUCGACUGCCUGUGUGCGAAGACAUCGACGAAUGCCGGGACCCGAGCACCUGUCCUGAUGGCAAAUGCGAAAACAAACCCGGGAGCUACAAGUGCAUCGCCUGUCAGCCCGGCUACCGCAGCCAGGGGGGCGGGGCCUGCCGCGACGUGAACGAGUGCGCUGAAGGCAGCCCCUGCUCUCCUGGCUGGUGCGAGAACCUUCCAGGCUCCUUCCGCUGCACGUGUGCCCAGGGCUACGCGCCCGCGCCUGACGGCCGCAGCUGCAUGGAUGUGGAUGAGUGUAAGGCUGGGGACGUGUGUGACAAUGGCAUCUGCACCAACACUCCAGGAUCCUUCCAGUGCCAAUGCCUCUCUGGCUACCAUCUGUCAAGGGACCGCAGCCACUGCGAGGACAUUGAUGAGUGUGACUUCCCUGCAGCCUGCAUUGGGGGUGACUGCAUCAAUACCAAUGGCUCCUACAGAUGUCUUUGCCCCCAGGGGCAUCGGCUGGUGGGUGGCAGGAAGUGCCAAGACAUAGAUGAGUGCAGUCAGGACCCCAGCCUGUGCCUUCCCCACGGGGCCUGUGAGAAUCUGCAGGGCUCCUACAUGUGUGUCUGCGAUGAAGGCUUCACUCCCACCCAGGACCAGCAUGGUUGUGAGGAGGUGGAGCAGCCCCACCACAAGAAGGAGUGCUAUCUUAACUUCGAUGACACGGUGUUCUGCGACAGUGUAUUGGCCAUCAACGUCACCCAACAGGAGUGCUGCUGCUCCCUGGGUGCUGGCUGGGGAGACCACUGUGAAAUCUAUCCCUGCCCAGUCUACAGCUCAGCUGAGUUCCACAGCCUGUGCCCUGACGGAAAGGGCUACACCCAGGACAACAACAUCGUCAACUACGGCAUCCCAGCCCACCGCGACAUCGAUGAGUGCAUGUUGUUUGGGUCCGAGAUCUGCAAGGAGGGCAAGUGCGUGAACACGCAGCCCGGCUAUGAGUGCUACUGCAAGCAGGGCUUCUACUAUGACGGGAACCUGCUGGAGUGCGUGGACGUGGACGAGUGUCUGGAUGAGUCCAACUGCCGGAAUGGAGUGUGCGAGAAUACCCGCGGCGGCUACCGCUGCGCUUGCACGCCCCCAGCCGAGUACAGCCCAGCACAGCGCCAGUGUCUGAACCCGGAGGAGAUGGACGUAGAUGAGUGCCAGGACCCGGCAGCCUGCCGUCCUGGACGUUGCGUCAACCUACCCGGCUCUUACCGCUGCGAGUGCCGCCCGCCCUGGGUGCCCGGACCCUCAGGCCGCGACUGCCAACUCCCGGAGAGCCCGGCUGAGCGCGCCCCGGAGCGGCGCGACGUGUGCUGGGGCCAGCGUGGAGAGGAUGGCAUGUGCGCAGGCCCCUAUGCUGGGCCUGCUCUCACUUUUGAUGACUGCUGCUGCCGCCAGGGCCGAGGCUGGGGUGCCCAGUGUCGCCCGUGCCAGCCGCGCGGCACCGGGACCCAGUGCCCAACAUCGCAGAGUGAGAGCAAUUCCUUCUGGGACACCAGCCCCCUGCUGCUGGGGAAGCCCCCAAGAGAGGAGGACAGUUCAGAGGAAGACUCAGAUGAGUGCCGCUGCGUUAGCGGCCGCUGCGUGCCACGGCCAGGUGGCGCCGUGUGCGAGUGUCCCGGCGGCUUCCAGCUGGACACCUCUCGUGCUCGCUGCGUAGACAUCGACGAGUGUCGUGAGCUGAACCAGCGCGGGCUGCUGUGCAAGAGUGAACGCUGCGUGAACACGAGCGGCUCCUUCCGCUGCGUCUGCAAAGCCGGCUUCGCUCGCAGCCGCCCGCACGGGACCUGUGUGCCCCAGCGCCGCCGCUGACGCCACCCGGCCUGGACGUUGGUGAUCACUGAGGGAUUUUCGUGAGCUCAGCCUCUCAAUCCUGCCUCGACUUGGGGCUCGGACCCAGGGACCCUCAGGACCCGCAGGCCCUUUCCCGUGCUCUGAGACCCGAGAGCGGCCAUAUCAGCACUGCCUGGAUCACAGGCAGAAGUUGGGUCUGGGGCGCUGUCUGCCUUCCUCCCCGAAGGUGUUUCCUAGAAACUGAUAAAAAUCAGAUUGUGCCUCUUUACUCUGGCUUUAGAAGCAAACUGAUGUUCCCGUCCACUGUGAGCACAGACAGCGCAGGGCGGCGCCAGACUCCAGCUGCCUCGGAGAGGCGACUGAGCUGGGACAGGGAGUACGAAAUAGAAUUUAUUGUGGCUCUGAUUAUGUACACGUGAGACAUGCCUGGCCAGGGGGCCAGGCUCACAUGGUUUGUACAAUAAAUACAUCCGUGGGCUCUCCACGGCCAGGAGGCACCCACAUGGCCGGUCAGUCCA